AUGGUUCUGGAUGCAUGUCUGCGAAAUCAAUGUUGCCACCAGCCUCUCAGACCUGUGGAACCCAAUGAUUACUCAAACCUUUGGAAGAAUCACAUGUCCCCAGAAGUAGCACAGACGAAAGGAUGCGAGCUUACUAGUCCGAGCAUCAUCCGCAUACCACACCUUGAUCUUGAGUUCGGAGAAUCACUAAAAAAUGUCCCCGUAGCAUACACGACACAUGGCACACUUUCGUCCUCCGGGGACAAUGUCAUCGUGAUAUGCCAUGCUCUCAGUGGAAGUGCAGAAGUUGGUAUUUGGUGGCGCGCUCUUCUGGAAUACGGAGCUGGUGCAGCACUAGAUACUUCAAAGUAUUUCAUUGUCUGCAUGAACUGUCUAGGGUCCCCAUAUGGCACUGCCAGCCCAUUGACUGACAAGAAUGGCGAUCCAUCCCUCGGCCCCUACGGGCCUGACUUCCCCUUGACCACCAUCCGAGACGAUGUUCGACUUUUCCGUUUAGCUCUUGACUUCCUCGGCGUGACGCAAAUCGUCUCUGUUAUUGGAGGCUCGAUGGGUGGGAUGCAUGUCAUGGAGUUUGCAUACUUUGGCCCCGAAUAUGUCAGAAGCAUUAUACCAAUUGCGACUUCCGCAAGCUACAGUGCAUGGGGCAUUGGAUGGGGAGAGAUGCAACGACAGUGCAUAUAUAGCGACGCUCGAUUCCGCAAUGGAAGCUACGAUCGAGAUGAACCACCUGUUAUGGGCUUAGCAGCCGCACGAAUGGCCGCAAUGCUUUCUUACCGAAGCCAGAAGUCUUUUCAGACACGAUUUGGACGCAAAUGUGACGACAGAAGGAAAAAGACCCAUGAAGCCCAAAAGCGUGAACGAUCUCUGUUUUCUGUUCAAUCUUACCUGCAAUACCAAGGGGAUAAAUUCAUCAAUCGGUUCGACGCCAACUGCUAUAUCGCGCUCACGCGCAAACUAGACACAUACGAUGUGUCUCGUGGUAGAUCUACUACGGUUCAAGAAAGUUUGGCAUUGGUCAAGCAGCCCGCACUCAUCUUGAGUAUUCGGUCAGAUGUGCUGUUCACCUUUGAAGAGCAGUUGGAGUUGCAUCGGGGAAUUCCCAACUCUGUCCAUCAAGAGAUUAUUUCUGAUGAUGGCGGUGCAUCGUGGCUAGCGUCGAUCCUAAAUGGGGACAAGGAACACUGA